AGCCGCGACAAGUCUGAGUGCAGCGGUGAUUGAGGUUCCAGGAGAGACAGUGUGGAGCCUCGACGUGUCUUUUCCGGUGUUGCGUUCACUGACUUAAACGGAAUGUUGUAAAGAACAACGUUUAUUUUCUAAAAUAUCACAAAUCAAAGAUCGUUGUGUAGUGCGCUCGUCGUUUGUGUAUUCUACUUGAAUGAGUAAGUUUCAUUGCAACACACACACACACACACACACACACACACACACACACACACACACACACACACACACACAUCGGGUGUGUUUUCUUGUCUAGCAACCUGUUUUUCCCCUUGCCUGCGACAUAACACAAAACACAACUUGCUAUGCAAAGUGAACACAAAGAAACAACACUUUAACAGGUUGAACGCUGCACCGAUUACGUCAGAAAUGCGGGACCCUGUUGAGUCACAUGAUGAGUCAUGGUAAUUGUUUUUCAUGUCAACACAAUGAAAUGCAGCUUGUUUGUUGUUUUAGAGUAUACUGCCCCUAGGAGCGUGUUUGCAGGGUGUCUGGGUGCUUCUAUGAUAGGCAAUGAUGUGCUGGCCAUUAUCCUCAAUUUGAUCCAGUUUCUUAUGUAGGGGUUAUAGCGCUCUCUGCUGAUCAAAACUGGCCACCACGUUGCUUCUGCACUGUAAAAAAUAUUUUUGUGAAUUUACAGCAAAUUAUUUGCUAAUAAUUGCAUUAACUUCACAGUAAAAUUUACGGUAAUUAAUAGUUUAUAGUGAAAACUAUCAACUAUAUUUUGUGAAUUUACAGCAAAUUAUUUGCUAAUAAUUGCAUUACCUUCAGUAACAUUUACAGUAAUUAUCAAUCAAUCAAUCAAUCAAUGAUUAUUUAUAUAGCCCUAAAUCACUAGUGUCUCAAAGGGCUGCACAAACCACAACACAAACCACAACAACAUCCUCGGUAGAGCCCACAUUAGGGCAAGGAAAACACACACCCAGUGGGACGUCGGUGACAUUGAUGACUAUGAGAAACCUUGGAGAGAACCGCAAUAGUUAAUAGUUUAUAGCGAAAUAUAUUUACAGCCAUUCACUGUAACUGUAGACCUUGGAUUUUAGAGUUAAUUACCGUAAAAUUACGACACAAGGACUUCACAAUUGUAAUGUUAUUGUUACUCUUUCGUUUUACCAGCAUACCUUCUGUACAAGGGUGUGCAAUAGCGCAAGUUUGAAUGUGUUUUAUUACGAAGGAGGACUACAAGAUUUCAUUUUUUUUCAUACCGUGAAAUAACAGUUAGUUGUAGUGCAAAUUAAGGGUAUCGAAUUUUUGGUCAUUUUACAGGGAAAAAUACUAUUAAAUUAUGUGGAAUCCUGGUAAAUAUUUCAAGUGUGUGUGAAAUUAUGUUAUUUUUAGACAGCUAAAAGCAACAAAACCCCAAUAAUGUACCACAUUUUUGUCAAAAAGAGAUGACAAAUGUGAACUUGGAUAAAAAUGACAUUUAAAACAUUUAUAUGGAUGCCCCACACUCAAAACUUUUGUAGAAUAUAAAUUGAAUAAAAAAACGUUUUCUUACUAUUACACAUAUGUUCCGCUUUUACUGUUGACAUUUGUUGAAAUGGUUUUGGUGUGUUAAAAACAGGAAGUAAAUAAAUGAUAGGUAACUGUCAUGAAGAUUGAUUGAAUAGACUUUUUCUUGCGACUCAUUUUCACACAUUUGAAACCGCAAGCGCCUGAUGUAGACUUAAUUGUGUAGCCGAGUGUCCUAGCUGGUUUCGCACUGUUUGUUACAAUUGUAUGAAGGUUUUGUGUUUUGUUUCUGCUACUCCUUUGUUUACUGUUAAACGAAACAAAUGCACAAGUACUAGGGAUGUGGGGAAAAAUCAAUUCGAAUACGAAUUGAAUCGAAUACGUUGUGCGAUUCAAUUUUUUUUUUAUCAAUCCAACAAACCACUACACAGCAAUACCAUAACAAAGCAAUCCAAUUCCAAAACCAAACCUGACCCAGCAACACUCAGAACUGCAAUAAACAGAGCAAUUGAGAGAAGACGAACACGACACAGAACAAUUAACCAAAAGUAGUGAAACAAACAUUACUAUUAUCAACAACAGUAUCAAUAUUAGUUAUAAUUUCAACAUAGCAGUGAUUGAAAAUCCCUCAUUUACAUUAUCAUUAGACAUUUAUUAAAAAAAAAAAAAGAACAAUAGUGUCACAGUGGCUUACACUUGCAUCGCAUCUCAUAAGCUUGACAACACACUGUGUCCAAUGUUUUCAAAAAGAUAAAUUAAGUCAUAUUUUUGGUUCGUUUAAUAGUUAAAACAAAUUAACAUUAUUGCAAUCAGUUGAUAAAACAUUGUCCUUUAUAAUUAUAAAAGCUUUUUGAAAAAAAAAAAUAUACUACUCUGCUAGCAUGUCAGCAGACUGGGGUAAAUCCUGCUGAAAUCCUAUGUAUUGAACGAAUACAGAAUCGUUUUGAAUCGGAAAAAUAUCGUUUUUGAAUCGAGAAUCGCGUUGAAUCGGAAAAAAACGCAAUAUUAUCGAAUCGCGACCCCAAGAAUCGAUAUUGAAUCGAAUCGUGGGACACCCAAAGAUUCGCAGCCCUAACGAGUACAGCAUGUCAAAUUGCAAACACCUGUCACAACAGGGGCGAAGCAGCCGAGCAGCGUCCACCACAAUGCCGCCGUGAAGUGGCCCGUGUGGGAGGCGCAGGAGGAGGAGAGCCAGGACACGGAACGCUCCACGCACAACAUCCACCAUGUCGAACCGCAAGCACCGGGACAACCAGGAGAUCUGCGCCCGUAAGGUCCGCGAGCUGGCCCAGUCCGGAGUAAACAAACACUGCUUCGAGUGCAACCAGCCCGGGGUGACUUACACGGACGUGACCGUGGGCAGCUUCGUGUGCACGUCGUGCUCCGGAAUGCUGAGAGGCCUCAACCCUCCGCAUAGAGUCAAGUCCAUCUCCAUGACGACGUUCUCCCAGCAGGAAGUGGAAUUCCUUCAAAACCAUGGCAACGAGGUCGGCAGAAGGACUUGGUUGUGCGUGUUUGAGCCCAAGGCGGACGGCUGCUCUGACAUGAAGGACUUGCAGAAGUUCAAAGAAUAUCUGCAGGACAAAUAUGAGAAGAAGAAAUGGCAUUUUUCCAAAAUGAAGAACUGCCGAGACAUGGAGGGAGGUCCUUGGAGUCCAGGGGUCCAGGCCGUCCUCGCUCAUGGUCCUUUGGCCGGGCAGCACCCCCCUCAUAGCCUGCCCCCAAACGCCAGGCCUGCCAGGAUGAUGUCCCAGAUGUCGCCGUGGGAUCGAGCCCCAGCUGUUUCGCCCGCCGACGUCCGAGCUGACGUGUUUACCGCUCGGCCCUCGCGCUCCCAAAGCUUCCGAGACGCCCCGCUGAAAGACCACAACAUGUGCGGUAUUGAGAGACAGCGCCCCGGCUCACUAUCGUCAGCACUGGGGGGUCCUACCCACGGCCCUUCCUUUCCUGCCCUCCCGCGGCCUUCAGCAAGUAGCUCUUUCAAAAACCACUUCACUUUAGGUCGCGCAGUGUCUGCCUCGGGGACCACGGGGCCUUUCAGGGCCUUCCCCAAAUCUCUCAGCUUGGACUUUGGAGGGUUAAAACACACUCAAGCUCAGCCUCCUGUUCCUCUGCAGAGCGCCAAUGCCCAGGACAGAUUCGCCGCAGUGUCCCACCUAGACAGCGUCUUUUCUGACACAGCGCCUCCUGCCGGCCCUCCGCAGUACAGUAGCCUGUUUGCCAGCAGGCUGUCUUCCAGCUCCACUCCCGCCAGCUCCCCAGGAGUAGAAACAGCGUCCAGCUCACAGACAUUUGCAAAUUUCCCCAACCCAUUCAGCUCCGGCACCGUCUCCCAGCAGCCCACUGCACUGUCCCCCAGUAACCCCUUCAGCAGCCCCCCGGGAGGUGACUCCAGUGCAGUUUUACCGCCGCCUGCCUCAUUUCCUCCGGACGCCAUCAACAACCAGGAAGCCAAUGGUUUUGCUGCCUUGCCCGCCUCCGACGAGCAGCCCAAAGUCCCUCGACCCAUGUCGGUCAACCCGUUUACAGGGAACGUUUACCCGAGCCGGGCGACGUCACGAAACCCUUUCAUCUGACCGGUGCAUCUCUGGAAACGUCACAAGUCUCGAGUGUUUUUAAGUCUGUUUGGAGGGUUUGCAGGGCAUGCAGACCCCUCGUCUUUCUUUGUAGGCUCCUCCUAUUUGUCUGUUUGUGUGUGUGUGUGUGUGUGUGUGUGUGUGUGUGUGUGUGUGUUCGGGGGUGGAUAAAAUGCAUGAAUGUAAUCCUGACUCCAAUUUUGUCUCAAUGGGAGGGUGGUAGUAGAUGCUGCCUACAGUGGGAGUCAACAAAUAUUUUUUCAAACAUGUUACAUGCAAACUGCUGCUACUGUCCCUUUUUUCUCAUCCCCCCGCUUAAAGUGUAAAAGAAAAAUAAUGAUAACCUGCCAACAGUAUUGAAAAAGCCACACAAAAUCGGGCUUUCAAUGAAGUGUUAGUAAUUAUGCUAAUUUUCCGCCUUAAAGCCUCCUGAUGCAUGUGCAGAAGCAUCGAAAAGGACUUUUUUUUUAAACCCACUUUCAGGCUGCAUGACCUUAGGGCUAAAAUGCUACUGAAUGUAAAAGUGUGCUGCACAAUAACUUCAUGGAUGAAAUGUUAUGCUUCUUAUUACUGGACCAAAAUGUUUGGGGUUUUUUUGCCAAAAAAGAAAGCAUUGACGGAAACAUGAAGGACUUGUGUAACAAUUGUUAUUCAUGUUCAUAAAAUCACUUUGUUUGCCUAAUAA